AUGUCUACUAGAAAAUGGGUGGAUAAGAAGAAGGGUAAAACCUAUAAGGUCGUCUACAGAUCCCAUGAUGAUCCUUUAUACCAUGAUGAAGACGCUUCAGAACAUGUUUUAGUUGAAGUUAAUAAUCCAAAACAAAAAAAAAUUAAAACUAAAGCUCAAUUAGAAGCUGAUUUACAAAAUGAAUCAAAUGAAAUAAGGCAAAAUGAAGGUGAAGCAGCGUUAUAUGGUAUCACUUUUGAUGAUUCUAAAUAUGAUUAUAUGCAACAUUUAAAACCAAUAGGUACCUCUGGUGAAGGUGUUUUCAUUCCAAAGAAAACUGAUGAAUCUAAGCCAAAGAAUAAAGGUAUUGUUUUCAAUGAUGAUUUAGAAUUACCUGAUGAGAUGUUUGCAUCUAAAACCAAGAUUAAAGAAACUUAUGAAGAUCAACAAAAUAUACCCGAUGAAAUUGCUGGUUUCCAACCUGAUAUGAAUCCUGCUUUAAGAGAAAUUUUAACUGCUUUAGAAGAUGAAGCUUAUGUUGAAGAAGAUGAUGAUAUUUUCCAAGAUUUAUUACAAGGUGGUGCUGAAGAAGUUGAUGAAAGUGAUUUCGAAGAACAAUUUGAUGAAUGGGAUAUGGAUAAUUAUGAAGAUGAAUUAGCUCAAUAUGAUGAUGAAUCUAAAUUUACUAAAAAUGAUGAUCAAGGUUGGGAAGCUGAUUUUAGAAAAUUUAAAGCUGUAAAUAAAAAUAAAAAAAAUGAUUGGGAUUCAGAUGAUGAAUUUGAUGAAGAUGAAGAAGAUGUUGUUCCAGAUUUACCGACUUUUGAUAAUUCUAAAAAUUUAACCAAGAAACAAUCAAAACGUAAACAACGUCAAAAAAAAGGUGCAAUGACUGAUACUUCAAGUUUUUCCAUGUCAAGUUCUGCAUUAUUUAGAAAUGAAGGUCUUACAUUAAUUGAUGAUAAAUUUGAACAAAUUUUAAAAGAUUAUCAAAAAAAUGAUGAAAGUGAUGAAGAAGAAGAAGAAAAACCAUUUGAUAUGCAAACUGAAAGACAAGAUUUUGAAGAUAUGCUUGAUGAUUUCCUUGAUAAUCAUGAACUUGAAGGUGGUCGUAGAAUUGUCAAGAAGAAUGAAGAAAGAGAUCGUUUGAAAAAAGCUGCUGAUAGUGCUUCAAAGGGUAAAUUAGCUGCUAAAAGAAAGAAAGAAAGAGCAACAAGAGGGUUUAUCUAA